ACGUAGACGGCGCUUUGCUGCGCUUCCGGACCUCGCGUCGCGCUUCGGGCCCGGAGGAGCUGCCGCGCGCGCGGGGUCUGCAGUCUGCACUGAUGAUGGGGAUCCGGGACGGGGCAGUGCAAGGUCAAGCGCCCAAGGGAUCGCCGAGGCCUGGUCUCGAGGGAAUGGCGGAGGCAGCAGCAAAGCCCGGCCGCAGCAGCUUUACGGAAGGGAAACAGACGGUCAUCCAGCAAGGGCGGUGUGUGGGUUGAGCUCCGACCUAGCCUUCUCAGACGUAGUGCUAAAUCACAAACUGAAAUGACCCACGUUGCUCAAAAUCUAUUUAUGCGAUCUCAGCCUCGCCUGCUGUUGCCAGCUCUUUCAGCCUUAUGGAAUCAAAGACAAAACAGAAACUUUUUACUGCAUUUUAGAUAUACAUCUGACAUUGCUGCUGGAGAGAACAGGGCCACUGUACAAAGCCUCUAUGAGUUAUCUGUGGAUAUCAAGAAGAUCCGUAGGCUAAAGCCAUGGGUGCUCUCAAAAGAGGUGACGCACGUCAAGGAAACAACUAAGAUUUUGCAAGAAAUGGGAGCUGACAAGAGUUCUGUGGCAUAUAUUUUUGAGCGCUGUCCUGAGGCAAUUCUUUGUAGCCCUACAGAUAUCCAUUAUCAGAGAGAAUUGUGGUUAUCAGUCUGCCAAAAUGAAAAACAGUUAGUUGAAUUAAUAAAACGGUUCCCAGACUCUUUUUUUAUAGUUAAAAACUAUGAAAACCAGAAAGCCAACAUUAGGUUCUUCAAAGAUCUGGGACUGAAAAAUACGGUUAUCAGCCGGCUCCUAACAAGCGCAUCCAAUAUUUUUUAUAACCCUGUUGCAAAGAACAAGCAUAUGAUAGAAACCCUACAAAGUAACUAUAUAAGGCUAGGAGGUUCACAGGAGAAUAUGAAGAACUGGAUGCUGAAAUUACUGAGUCAAAACCCAUUUAUUUUGUUAAAUUCUUCAGCCACUGUUGAAGAAAAUUUGGGUUUUUUCCAGAAGAACAAAUUCACUGACUUUGAAGUUUUGAGUCUGCUGUCCAAGCUGAAGGGCUUUGUUUUUCAACUUAACCCUAGUAGCAUGCAGAACAGCCUGCUGUUCUCCAAGAACAUCUUCAAAUGCAGUGAUCAAGAAUUAAAAGAGCUAAUAAUAAAAUGCCCUGCCCUUCUCUACUACUCAGUUCCAGUUCUGGAAGAAAGAAUGGAGGGGCUAUUGAAGGUGGGAAUUUCUGUGGAACAAAUUAAACAAACACCUGCAGUGUUAGAACUGUCAGCGGAAAUAGUGCAAUAUAGGAUUAAAAAAUUAGAUGCUAUAGGAUACAGUCUAAAAGGCAGAACUCUAGAAUACCUGAAUGGGACAAAAAAGGAUUUUGAAGUUACUUACGGAAAGAUACAAGAAAAAAAGGAGAGGCCAAUAUUUAAUCCAGUUGCUCCUUUAAACAUUGAAGAUUAAUUUCUGGAAUGUAUUUAAGAAUGCCACAUGGGAGUUUGGGAUGAAAGAGGUUGGGUGACUUUUUAUACUUGGAGAACACUGAGUGUGAUUGAUACUCAAAAUGGAUUUUUAUUCAUACCCUAUUUCUUUCAGUUUUAAUGAAUUUUUUUAAACAUGGAACUCAGUGAGUAAUGGGAUUGCAAGUUUCUCCACCAAAUUGGACACCAUCUUAUCAGAAACUUAACUUGAAUGAUGCUGCUGUGAACACAAAGAAAGAUAAACCCACAAGGUCAUUCUGUAUCAGUUUUCACUAAGUUGACAAAUAAAACCUUUCAAAACAAUGCCUUGAGGAAAUA